AUGAUUGCUGUUAGGGAAGUGAUGCAACAGAAAGUCUAUUUUGAGAUUGGUGAUGGCCAGCAUAUAAAACUCUUCAGGGAUCCAUGGUGUAAAGGGCAGAUGUUCAGCUCAUUAUUUGGCCAUAGAGUGGUCAGAAGUAUGCAUCUCCAAAGCGAUGCUCCGGUCAGUUCACUGAUAUUUAAUGGAGCUUGGAGUUUGCAUAAUUUGCAAAGUGAUAACUUGGUAGCAGUACAGGUAUUUCUGCAGACUGUGGAAAUUAAAGGUGGAGAGGAUAAAUUGCUGUGGGAUGAUGGGAAUUUCAAUUUCAAGAACGCUUGGAAAUGUGUUAGACAUACUAAUAUUGUGGUACCAUGGUUCAAAUUGUGUUGGGGAAGGCUCAGCCAAGAUGGUCUAGCUGUGUUAAUGUUAUUGGAUAGACUUCCUACCAUGUGUAAUUUGCAGAGAAGAAGAGUCUGUUUGGUUUCUAGAUGCACACUUUGUCAGAAGAGUUUGGACACUACAGAUCAUGUGUUUGUUACCUGCCCUUUCUCUCAAGGUUUCUGGAAAUGGUUAGGUGGGAUUCUUGGUUGGGAUCUCAUUAAAUUUCAAGAUAUGUUAACAGCUUGGGACCUUUUCAAUUGGAUGGAUAAUUUAUAUAACAAGUCAAAACAGUUGCAAAUUCUUUUUGCUGCAGGUCUGUGGUACAUUUGGCGGGAAAGGAACAAUAGACUUCAUGGUUCCAUUAGCCUUCGCUUGGAGGUAGUGGCAAGGACUACCUUCCUGGAAGUGUGUGAUGUUCAGAGAAUUAAUUUUAUUGAUGUUAUUGUGUAA